AUGGCACAGCCAUCUUUCCAGCAGGUCUGCAAGGCCUUUAUGAACAUUCCAGAGUUUCCAAGCGGCUUCUACAUGGAGCGCCUCGACAACAAGAUUCGAUCUCUGCCCGCCAUCAACAGCGUCUUCAAUAAUGUCGCCGACGACGAAGCGCGUGCAGUCAUGGCCAGGAUCACGGCCCUCUUCUCCGCACAGCACAUCAGCAAAGAGCUCACAAAGAGCGGCCUCCCGCAACUCAAAGACUUCUCCAUUGGCGAUCAGUACGCUAGCCGUCAAGUACUCAUCGUCUGGGCUUCGCACUUGCUCAACACGCCGGGCGUCACUCUCGAGAUGGCCUUCUCGGAUGCCACUCGCAUCGUGUCAGCCGUCGUUGCGCCGGUCAGCACCGAGGGCAAAGCCGCGCACCGCCAGAAUAUAGAGAGGAGCUUGGUUUUGGACGUGUCCUUGCCGCUGGCGAACUUGAACGCAACCCAGGAUGACUUCAAGGAGACAGGCCUAUCGACUUUCGACUCGGCCGCCAGCCUGAAUAUGGAUAUCUGGGAAACGACCGUGCGGGGAAAGUGGACUGGUCCUGUCACAUCCGAGGCUACGCACCAGACGUCUUCGCAGCAUACAAAGACACAGAAGCCGAGUCUGGCAAUCUAUUGA